AUGAGCUCCUUACAACAACUUCCUGGUACCAACUCCAAAGUUAUUACCGAGAAGAGAAGAUCGUGCGAUUUCAAACGCGACAAGGUGACGUCUCUGCUCGCGGCUCGCCGGCGUCAACUCCGACGUCGGCUUCUGGUCGACAUCUCUCCUGGUUCGCCUCCUCUCAUGGGGCUGAACAAGCAAAGCAAAAAUUCAUCCUCCAAGACCAAGUCAAAAUCGAAGAAACAAAAUAAGAAGGGUCUCUUCUCUCCACCUGCGAAGGAUGGGUUGAGCGGAGCUUCGUUGGUUGUUUCUUCUCCACCGCCUCCCGUAAGUCGGGCCUCAGUUUCCGGUUCUGGUCCUGCUAUCGAAGGCACUGUGGCACCUGAGAUCGCUAAAAGGGUGAUUCAGGAGCAAAGUAAGAAUUUUUGGGUGGCUGAAGAAGUCACAAUCCGGUCAGGUUCUGGCAAUCAAAAAUCCCAAAAUUUGAUUCCAGAGCAGACUCAGAAACCUCCAACUGAAACACCGAAAUUGGUCGCUGCCCCUAACAAGGCUCCGACACAGGAAACUCAGACAUCCCCAAAUGUGGCUGCGACGGACCCGACGAGCAUCAUAACCAUCGGGAACUGGACAGUCGUUCAUGUCCCACCACACCGCUAUUUUAGCCGUCUCGUAUUCAGGCGCCGCCGCCUUGUUCCCCCACCACAUCUUUCCUUUUCUUACUUUACCUUCGAUCCUUAG